CUUCCUAUUUUUAUCUAAAAGUCAGAGAAUAAAAAAUGGAACAUGAUAUUCCUUCUUCACAAGCAUCUACAACUAUCCCCCGUGUAAAUACGUCAUGUGUAGAAGAGGUUCCAAUAUGUAAUUGUAUCGAAGACUGGAACAAUGAGAAUUUUGAAAAUUAUGACCUAAAGCAGAAUACAAGAAAUAGAUUAGUUUUACGAACUGUAAAAAAUGUGUCAAAAGCAAGGAGAAAAAGACUCAGACAACAAGAACGGUUACAAUUUUGUAAAGAUGAAUUUUUAUUUGUACGAAACAUAGAAAAACUAAGAACAAAAAAUGAUUCCAGAAAUGUAACUGAUAUUGGAUUACCUAUACAUGAGCAUUUAAAUUUAUCUGAGAUAAGAGAAAAAUUUCAAGAAUUGAACAUUUCCCAUUGAAAAGGAAAGAUAUUGAUUAAUUUAUAAAAUAACGAACAAGUUAUAAAAAUAUGAUUAUAAUUCCGACG